CGUCCUCUCCUUCCAACGACUUCACUUCAGUACCACAAAAACUCGUGACACGUAACCAUGCAGGCGUCCGUGGCAGCAAUGAUGGGAGUGGUGGUGGUGGCCAUGGUGGGCGUGGUGGUGCAGGGGGUCGGGACGCUGGUGGUUCCUGUCGUCACCACUGGAGGCAUCACCACAUCUGUUGGGCUCUCCGCUGCAGGGGCUGCCGCUGCUGGUCUUGGUGCAGUGGCUCUCGGGGCGACAGCUGUGGCUCUAGUGGCUACCAAACGCGCAGACAGGACCACGCAUGGACGCCACAGGAGGGCAAUUCGUGAUGAAAAGGUGGAGGAGGUGCUGGCGAUGGUGGCUACUGUGGACACCCAGGGCUGCGGCAUGAGGCACGUCUGCGAGGUCUUCAGGAAGGACAAGAACAUCCUUACUCCCACUGAAAACAGCAUUCGUCUCCUAAUCGGGGAGAAGCCACAGGAAGCCGGGCCCUCAGACUUCACACACCCCUCAGUUCUCUACGAGUCUGCAGCCAUCCUGGGACAACACGGCAAGGACUGCUUCGAUCUCUACCGUUCCUGCCCUCUCACUCACGACGAGGUUAAUGAGUACCUGGCCACACUCGACCUCGAUCUCUAGGUUGUGGCAUGGAGAGUACAAGUGAAGGGUCGUGGAGGUAGGAUGAUAAGGAAAUGUAAAAAGGAUAGGAAUGGAUUGAAUAAGUUGAGGAAGUGAAGGGUUUAUAAGGAAGAAUCUAGGAAAGAGGAUGUGAAAAGGAUGGAUAGGGAUUGGAUAAAGGAUAGGGAUAGAUAGGAAAGGAUAUGAAUGUUUAUACUUAUCAUAUAUAUAUAUUUUUUUUACGUGUGUGUAUUGAAACUAUAGUCAACGAACCUUCUAUCUGUUUAUCUCUUUCUAUAUGUCUGUCUAUGGAAGGAAGGGUGAUGAUACCUUAAGAUUUCGAAGAGUUAAUAUAUAAGAAAUGAAAUUCACGACUCCUGUAUAUGUAACUAUGUAGUCAUUAAUAUCUGAGUGUGACUUCCGGAAAUACACGUGAAAGUGAUA